AUGCGGCACGAGUGGCCGUCUCAUCGUGAAUGGGGGCCCAUCGACUUAUUUUCUGUGGACAUAAACCUAGCGCCUCGCCCUCAUAAUGAUGUACAUGACAGAAAUCAUUCGGGCUCUUCGCAUCAAUUCCACAUCUCGUUCAACGCUGAAUACGACACUGAGGGCGGCACAACGAAAGGCAACUCCUACCUCCUUGGACGACAUUGGUUACGACGAGUUGAUAUCGAUCAUCAAGAGUUUGGAAUAGAAGCAGCACCCCAUAAUUCCUCUGUAUUAGAUAAGGGAGGAGCUACAUCAACUGCGGAUCUCACUAUGGCUAUGAAAUGGUUGAAGCAUUGUCUCAAAAGCCAUCUGACAUGUGAACCAGACAAUCGCCCACUCGUUCCUCCUCCCUCCAGGUUAGUUCAUUUAGCCAUGAGAGGAGAUCAAAUCACAAGUCGUUUGAUUGAGCGCGAUGAGUUCCCCCGGGGCUGCCAAUAUAUUACCUUGUCCCACUGCUGGGGAUCAGGCCCUAUGCACUCACUUCGAAGUGAUCGAUUAGACGGAUUCAAGACCAAGAUUCCUGUCUCUCAAUUGCCCCUAACUUUUCAAAACGCUUUCGAUGUUACGUUGCGACUAGGAUAUGAGUAUAUAUGGAUAGAUUCUCUUUGCAUUCUGCAGGAUGCCUUGGAGGAAUGGGCCGAAGAAGCAUCGAAAAUGGCAGAUAUCUAUGAAUUUAGUGUUUGCAACAUCGCAGCUACUGCUUUCAAAUCUUCCAGCUCCGGUUUUUUCAUACCUAAGCCCGCCGAUAUAGACAAGCCACUUGUUGUUUCGGUUGAUCUAAAGCUGCAACCUGGCUUGGAGAUGGUCGGAAAGUUCAAGUUCAUCGAGACUUACUACUGGGUUUCCCGAGUAGACAAAGCACCAUUGAAUAAAAGGGCUUGGGUUCUGCAGGAACGCUUCUUCUCACCACGUAUCCUACACUUCGGCAAAGACCAGCUUCUAUGGGAAUGCGACUGCAGCAGGGCCUGUGAGUUGAUGCCUAAGGGAUUAUUUUCCACCGUGCGAAACUCUGCUCACAGAGGACACACCACAAGUCGAGCGCUCGCUGCUAAGUCCCGCCAGUCUGUCAAGAGAACCUGGUACAACCUCGUGUGGGAGUAUACGGUGACAGACUUGACGUAUCCCAGCGACAAGUUGAUCGGCAUUGCAGGCAUCACUAAGAGAUUCGAAACGAUACUGGAGGAUGUCAGCAUUGCUGGUUUGUGGUCGGAAUCCUUUCCAGGAGACCUGCUAUGGUGCCGGGAGUGGCGGGAUCGCGAACGGUUGCCGCGUGCUAAUGAUGGCAGAGCCCCAACAUGGUAUGUCAUCAAACUGCACCCAGACCGAGCAGGUUCACUAAAAAGCUGA